AAUUGACAGGAGGCGGGGCACAGCAUCCUAUUCAGGGAGCAGCCCUGCUCCCAUACAGGAUUGUUAGGCUUGUUACUCCUGUAUUUUGCCCUGGCGGGGAGAAGACCCUGGUGCCCCAGUUGGGGGCAAAUACUACAGUUCCGGGUUGACCGCCAAGCUGUUCUCAGUUUGCAUUCUAUCAAGUUAAUUCAUUGUCCUGGGGUAUUUAUUUGCCAAAGGAAAACAGUGUGCCCACGAGAUGUGUAAACUGGAUCUUGGACUGCUGGUUACAGCACAAACAUGAAUAACCGCAGUGUGCCAUCACCUCUGUACGUUGGGGUCACUACAGAGCCCAGCACGGUCACCACACCCUUUAACAGCACCAAAGGAGUUGAGACUGGAUCUCCUAAUAUGGGCACCUGGUUACUGUCUCUUGGCAUUGUCACUGUGAUCGGACUGGCUGUGGCAAUGGUUCUGUAUAUCAGAAAACAAAAGAGACUGGAAAAGCUGCGCCAUCAGCUGAUGCCCAUGUAUAACUUUGAUCCGGCAGAGGAGCAGGAAGAUCUGGAGCAGGAGUUGCUGGAGCCAAAUAGGGAUGCACAGCCUCAAGGCAAGGUCCUACUCACCAGUCUGUGCCCACUUCAGAGGCCCACUCGCCUUGUUUUCACCGAUGUGGCCAACUCGAUCAGCGCUUGAUUGGGAUUCUUCAUUAUAUGUGACAACAUCCACGGGCCGAAGAUAGGUGUCACUGCGUCGUUUGUGUCACUGCGCACUGGGGGACACCCAUGGAGGGUUGAUCUAGUGCAACUAUAGUUACAAAACUGUAUCUUGCUCACCCGAGUCGGGCUCUGCCUCAGAGGUCAGCAUGGCAGAGAGGUACAGGUGUAGGGUUAUGUGGACUGUUUUACAACAUAGGACCAAACACAUCUGUUUAGGGCCAAACACACCUGUGUACAUAUUGGUGAUACACAGAAUACAUAGUGUGCUACAUAAUCCACUAUAUAUUUCCACGAUUCUGCCACGGCCAUGACACUGCUCUGUAUGCAGCAUAACGCUGUGACACCCAUACUUUCCUACUCUGCCCACUGGAACACAUCAUUCCCUUCAUAGCAUGUGCUACACCUCCUGCAUAAUAAAGCAUUUUGAUCUUCAUGCUCUGCUGUGCCCUCUGCCAUGAUACAUGUAGCAUUAUGCCUGUGGCUGUGUCCCAGGCAGGACAUGCUACUUGGCCUGUUCCAUUAAACAUUCUACUCUAUGAUCAUUUAUGCCAUUUAUUUUGGCAUGGCACACUUUGCUUUCACCUUGCACACAAUUUUCUCCCCUAAAACUGGUUCUUUUGCCCUCACUGUGUCAUACUUUUCACUCCUCCUCAGCUGAGGCUCUCUCUAUGGUCUCUUGUGUUCAGAGUGGAUUCUGCACUCUUCUCACAGCUUACAGUGGUAAAGUCUACUUUCCUUUACCUUGGUUCACUCUUCACUCCUUUUACAAUAUCAAAUUCUAUUGAGCACAUGGUACACUCACUUUCUAUCCCCUCACUAUUGUGUAUCUGAUUUCCCUUCAAAACGGAACACACUAGUCUCUGUCUACCUUCCCCUCACAAUGUCACACUCAACUCACUAUGAAUGCUUUGCUGUCUGCUUCACCCUUAUUAUGGCACACUCCUCACUAAGGAUGCACUGAAUCCCCUAUUUGGGAUUUGGUUGAAUCCUGAAUCCUUUGCGAAAGAUUUGGCCAAAUACCAAAUCCGAAUUAGACUUUUGCAUAUGCAAAAUAGGCUACGGAAGGGUUAAAAAUAUUUAACUUCCCUUUGUGUGACGAAAAGUCACAUUCUUUUAACGAUUCAGAUUCGGUUUGGCCAGGCACAUGGAUGUGGCUGAAUCCCAAAGUGACAAAUCUUGGCUGAAUCCCAAACUGAAUCCUGGAUUCAGUGCAUCCCUACUCUUCACUGCCAAUAGAACACUAUACUUAUUCCUCACAUUGUACAGUUUCCCUUCCCCUCACCAUUGUACACUCUGCCAGGGCACACUCUGAACUGCACUUUUGUGGAUCAGCCAAUACCAUAACACAAGGGAAUGUGCUAGUACAGAGACAUAUAUUCUGCACCUUGGGACUGUGCCAUACAGGAGCAUUCACACUAUAUGGAAUUUGCCACAUACUUCUGUGUGUAUAUAGAUGUACACAUUCUCCUGUACACUGACCCUGCUUUGAUGACCUCUGAGCAUAAUUAGGGCUGUUAUAAUUUUUUUUUAUUUACUGCCAGAGCAGCCCUCAUGCAUUUCAGGUCUCAUUUGGGAAUAGAAAUAGUUAUUAUAUACCAUAAAACACUGCGAGCUGCCACAUAUCUGACUGAGAGAUGCCAAGCGAGGCGCUUGUCUGGACUGUGGCAGCACAGGGCUACACUGGCAGUACCAUGUAUUAUUUAUUGGACGUUUAAAAGUUUGAUAUUUAUUUAUUUAUCUGAACCCCUUGUGCUUCAUUAAAGUGCAAUACAUAUGAA